GGGGAGAGGGGCGGGACUACGGAGGGGCUCACCAUCUGCCCUGCUUACAAACAUCUAAGUUGUGCGGAGCACGAGGUGGGCGCGGGAUCAUUAGAGCACCUGUGUGCUGGCAGAGGAGAGCCCACCAUGCCGUCCAAUCUGCUCAGCCCCUUCCCCGAGCUGGACACCGACCUGGCCAUGGAUUUUGUGUCCCUGUUUUCUGGGAUCAGUCUUAAAAGUGGUGGGGAGGAACUGCCCACCACAUACUCCUCCUGUCCAAUCAACCUCAAUGACAACACAAAUGGCAAUGAAUUUUCAAUUGACUCUACUGCUUGGCCACUGCAAACUCCAUGGAGUCGGGAGACCGACCUGCCUUCAUCAAACUCUCUGCGUCACAUCCCUUUCCAAGCUGACCGCUCUGUGAGCAUGAUCGAGGAGAGCAAGAAGUCGUCCUUGGCAGGGGCUAGAACCGCUGCUUCCACACGCUACAAGACGGAGCUCUGUCGCACGUUCCACGAGAGCGGCUCCUGCAAGUAUGGCUCCAAGUGUCAGUUUGCACAUGGAACAGCAGAGCUCAGAGGGCUGAACCGUCAUCCCAAGUACAAGACAGAGCUGUGCAGGACUUAUCACACAAUUGGCUUCUGUCCAUACGGUUCCCGGUGUCACUUUAUCCAUAAUGCUGAGGAGCAGAGGUUCAACAGUGCCAGCAAAGGACAAAGACCACCUCUUUUGAGACACAGCGUCAGUUGCUCAGGCAUCCCUUCAUCGUCCUCUUCAUCUUCCUCCUCUUCACUCUCCUUAUUCUCCGCUUCCAUGGCCUCUUCCCUCACCUCCCUGUCUCCCUUUUCUCCAUCCAGCCCAGUGACACCGAUAUCCAAUCCCUUUGCCAGUGUUGGUCCUUUAUCUCCAACAUCUUCUCCUCUUACACUGAACCUGCCGUUUUUUGCAUCAAUGUCCCCUCCACGACCAGACAUGGUGUCUGGUGGCCUGCAGCUACAGCUCUCUCCCUGGAGGAAAGGUGACCCUAAGGGAGAGGAGAGAUGGGAAUCCUUGUCUCGCCCAGAGACUGAAGAAGAAACUGCAGGAAACUCGCAGGAAGCCAAGCGUCUCCCCAUCUUCAGCUUUCUUUCAGACUAAUGCCUUGUCAACCACUCGGGCCGACCCAAAAGACGUGUAGUCAGUUACUGGAAAUUGACUGCACAUAGGCGUUGAGUAUUAAAAUCGGGAGCAGACUUUUUUUUUUUUUU